AUGCGAGAGCUGCGGACGGCUCUGCGGGUACCCGGCGAUGGCCACACACUGACCCCCGGAGAAUGGCCGGAGAUGGAGCAGAGGCGGCUCCUACACGCACCCACUGCCCCCCGAGGGCGGGGAGCCCGGGCAGGGCAGCGGGGAGCCCGGGACACCCUGGGCCACCAGAGCCGGGAGGGGGGCCCCGGGGGGGGCCCGGGGGGGUGGAGCGCCCUCCGCCGCCUGCCACAGGCUCUGAUUGUCGGCGUGAAGAAGGGGGGGACACGGGCGCUGCUCGAGUUCAUGCGGCUCCACCCGACAGUCAGGGCGGUGGGGGCAGAGCCGCACUUCUUCGACCGACAUUACAGCAAAGGGCUACUGUGGUACAGGAACCUGAUGCCCAAAGCGCUUGAUGGCCAGGUGGUGAUGGAGAAGACGCCCAGGUACUUUGUGACCCCCGAGGCUCCAGCUCGCAUCCACGCCAUGUCCAAGGACACCAAGCUGAUCGUGGUGGUGAGGGACCCGGUCACCAGAGCCAUCUCCGACUACACCCAGGUCAUCUCCAAAUCCCCGAAUAUCCCCAGCUUCGAAACGCUCACCUUCAAAAACAGGACUACAGACCUGAUCGAUUCAUCCUGGAGCCCCAUAUGGAUCGGAAUGUACGCCCAGCACCUGGACAACUGGCUCCAGUACUUCCCGUUGUCCCAGAUGCACUUUGUGAGUGGGGAGAGGUUGAUCAGUGACCCUUGCGGGGAGCUGGGCAAGGUGCAGGACUUCCUGGGGUUACAGAGGAUCAUAACAGAUGAGCACUUCUUCUUCAACGAGACCAAGGGCUUUCCCUGCUUGAAGAAGCCCCAAGGCCAUGGCAAGCCUCACUGCCUUGGGAAGACCAAGGGCAGGACCCACCCAAACAUGGACCCCAGGGUGGUUCAGAGACUGCGGGAUUUCUACCGGCCCCUGAACAGGAGGUUCUACCAAAUGACUGGACAGGACUUUGGGUGGGAAUGAACGGGAAUCGAUGGUCGAGUGAGACGUUGUUGGGACCACUAAGCGGGAACAGAAUAUUCCAAACUUCAGGCACACACAAGUUGGGAGAUGUAGCACAUGCAUGCAUUUAGCAUAAGAAUUUCGCCGAUCUAUGCAUAACCUGCGUCUGCGGAUCUCGGAACGCCAGAGAUUUUGGGGACAAUUUUGACAGCUGCCGCCAGCCUCCUUUGCCGUUUUUCACGAACCUCAGUUUCAAGAGACAGCGUCGCUCGCUCUCGCGUGUGUGACUUUGUUUUGCUGGCGAUGAUCAUAAUGAACAGCAGCCGAUGGGUGUACGUACAUGUGUGAGAGUGUGCGUGCGUGUGUGUGAGAGUGUGUGAG